AAUGAAACGCUUCUUGGCCGACAUCUCAGCUCGGGUCCGAACCCACGCCGCUUUUGCCGUUCGCUGCUCUGGUCGUCACGUGGAGGCCGGCGGUCGAGAUGUUGCCGUGUAAACUAUAAGCACACAUUUCGAGCCACCUAUUGGCCGAGCGUGUCUUGAGUCUCCGAACUCGUCAUGACUGCGCGGGAUCCUGUCGUUGGACGGUGUGUGCAGGUAACUCGAUGAAACCCGAAGCCGGCUGCCUGCCACCCACGAGUGCCUGCCACCAAGGACGGAUGCAUAACCGGCUUGAGGGUUUACCGGAACCCAACUCGAUUCGCCCGUAACCACGUCUUGGGCCAGAGUACCGGGUUCUCUUUCAUCCCAUUUUGUGCCACACCAGUGCUAUCCGUUUCCACAUUCCGAGUUGUGGCAACAAACCCCUCUCUUCAGGGACUGCUUCUGCUCAAGCCUUUCAGCCCUGUCAUUCCCCUCAAAUGCGCCACGAGUAUCCUGUUCGCAUCGUCCGGAAGCCUCGUUGUCUCACGUCUUUCCGGACAGGCUCGUCCAUUCAGUCUUUUGCGAUUCAACCCGCGGAGCAGGGGCAUCACUGAUCGGGGGCACCCCGAUGGCUGCGGUCGCGGUAGACGCGACCAGACCCGAGGUCCCUCGUGUAUGACCGCCGGCAUGGGCGUUGCAUAUCCUUUAGUUAACCCCUCAGCUCCUGGUUCGCUCCCCCACCGUCCUUGAUCCUUUCGGGGACCUGGGGGACGGGAAAGGAUGAAGGAAGGCGAGAGAACCGAUAUUAGCAAUGCGAGGAGGCGGGAGCCCCAUGCGACUCUGCAUCACCAUGUCCCUUAUCGACCCGGUGCCCUGGAGUCGGCCAGCCUCUGGUGCGACCAUGCCGUGCUUACAUCCCACCACAGCAAACGGAGCGGGUAAGGGUCUUCCUCACUCCGUUCCUUCUCCAGCCUCGUUUUGGGAGCCCGCGCCCGGGGGAUCAUAUGGCGCUGUGGCCACGCCCGGUCAACCGCGGGAUGCGCCUGGGAGCCGAUGCAGGCUCGUUCACGUUCCACGGCCGGCUGCGGACAAGUGUGGCAUGCGGCCACGCGGCUUGGUUCUUGAGUUCAACGAGCGAGGCGCCUCCGGGCUGGCGUUGUUCGUUUGUCGGCUGAGCCAGCCCAAGGGAGUCUCUACCUUAUCCGUCCUGGAGACCUCUCAUCUCGGUCGGCCCUGGCGCGUUUGCGGCAAGCUCAGCCACUGCUUUGGCAACCAGACCGUCCGCCGCCAGAAGCACACGAACGGCGCUGGCUUGGCGAGCAAUACCCUCUCGGCGGUCUCUUGCGCGCUUAUCCCUCCGGGGUGUGACAGAGACGUAUAUGAAAACGGGCAGGCCCCCGCCUCGUGCAACCUGGGCGUUCUGGGCCAAUGCGAGCGGCAUGUAACGUGUGUGUGUGUGUGUGUGUGUGUUCCUGCAACCGACGGACUGUCCAUGGACCAGGUAGCCGGGGAAACCACAACAAAGCCGGUGUGUGGUGUGCUGGGUCAAAGCAUCAGACACCGCCAGUUGCCGCUGAUAAUUCUUUUCCGGAAGUUGACGGUUGCAUAAGACCCAGGAUGGAAACCGGGGGUUUCCUUGACCGUUAUGUUUCCGACACGUCGAUGAUAUCGAGCACCAUUUAUUCCCCUUUGACGACGGCAUGUAUUCUCAAGUGAGGCUUAAAUAAGGCGAGCCGUUACGUAGCCUCGAGGUAGGACAUGGCGGUUGCCGAUCAUUGAUUGAUAGACACGACCUGGUGAAAAAGAAGGUUGGUGGUUGGUUCGAGGAUCUGUAGCGAGGUAGCCACCAUAUUUUGAGGCUGCUUGUUGGUUUUGAUCAAGGGUAUAGUCCGCCACCUGGGGUCACUCUGUUGCGCAAUUCAUGUCACCGGCUCAGGAUGUGAAUGGGAUCAGUGGCCGUCCAGAGUAUAGCUUCUCUCGCGGAUGGCGGAGGCUCUGGGAGCUCGAGGUGCUCUGCCUGAUGGGCCUUGUUCUGUUGUAUUUGGAAGCUAGAUGUGGGAGCAGGGGCCGAUCCAGAUCGGAUGGAGAGGUGACAGACUCUGGUGACGGCCGCUCGAUGCCGGGACAUGUGCUGCCGUUGUGGGUGCAAAGGCCGUGCCGCUUGUACAUGUACCUUGGCGACAUGACCCAAGUACACUGGACUUGCCCGAGCACAAUUGGGACUCUCGCCCUCGACCAGCCGGCUCUCGAGAAGGGGUGUUCGUUUGUGCGACGCACACAGUCAGUCAGCCAGCCAGCCAGCCAAGCGACCCGACCAGUCCCAUCGACCGGCGCCGCGGAGGGGGAGCUGGGGGGUGGCCUAGAGCAACCAA